GCAGAACAAAAAACUGCCAAUCCUGCGAACGCAGUGGUGAAGAGUGUGAUUUUUGUAGUCUAUAUCGAUCCAUUUAUCUGGCUAUUUAUUCCACAAAAUCCAUGGUGCCGUAACUUAUUUUAUUAUACUGUUGUUUUCAAACUUUUUAAAAUUCUGUGAAGUCCGGGAACCAUGGCUCACUGUAUGAGAGUUUUGCAUGGCCAGGGAUCCAGGACACGGGUGGUGCUCUUGGAAAUCCAACAAAGAUGCUUCAGCGUGUCCCCACUCGCCGCUGCGGCGGCCCAAGUCGCCAUGUCGAAGUUCGACAAGGCCCCGCUGCCGUACGACAAGUUGUCCCAAAACUUGGAAGUUGUGAAGAAGAGGUUAGGUCGCGACAUGACCUUGUCUGAGAAGGUGCUGUAUUCUCAUCUGGAUGACCCGAAGGGACAGGAAAUUGAGCGUGGAACCAGCUACCUUCGCCUGCGGCCCGACAGGGUUGCCAUGCAGGAUGCCACCGCCCAGAUGGCUAUGUUGCAGUUCAUCUCAUCUGGUCUGCCCCGUGUGGCUGUACCUUCCACCAUCCACUGUGACCACUUGAUUGAAGCUCAGAUUGGAGGUGACAAGGACUUGGCGAGAGCUAAGGACAUCAACAAAGAAGUAUACAAGUUCUUGGAGACAGCUGGAGCUAAGUAUGGCGUCGGUUUCUGGAAGCCCGGCUCUGGUAUCAUCCAUCAGAUCAUCCUUGAGAACUACGCCUUCCCUGGUCUCUUGAUGAUCGGAACUGACUCCCACACACCCAACGGUGGUGGACUCGGUGGACUCUGCAUCGGCGUUGGUGGUGCUGAUGCAGUAGACGUAAUGGCCAGCAUUCCAUGGGAACUGAAGUGCCCUAAAGUUAUUGGUGUCAAGCUUACCGGACAAAUGAAGGGCUGGACGAGCCCCAAGGACGUGAUCCUCAAGGUGGCCGGCAUUCUGACCGUGAAGGGAGGCACCGGCGCCAUCGUCGAGUACUUCGGCCCUGGAGUCGACUCCAUCUCUUGUACCGGCAUGGCUACCAUCUGCAACAUGGGUGCUGAGAUCGGAGCUACUACCAGUGUGUUCCCCUACAACAGCCGUAUGGAAGCGUACCUGAAGUCCACCGGCCGCGGUGAGAUCGCCGGCUUCGCUAACAAGUACAAGCACCUGUUGACGCCCGACUCUAAGGCACCUUAUGACCAGGUGAUCGAAAUCGACCUCUCAAAACUGGAGCCCCACGUGAAUGGUCCCUUCACCCCGGAUCUAGCGAACCCCAUCAGCAAGCUCGGAGACAUCGCCAAGAAGAACAGCUGGCCUGUUGACAUCCGUGUCGGUCUUAUCGGAUCCUGCACCAACUCGUCUUAUGAAGAUAUGGGCCGCUGUGCCAAUAUUGCUAAGGAGGCAUUGAAGCACGGCGUAAAGUCCAAGAUCCCAUUCAACGUGACUCCCGGGUCGGAACAGAUCCGCGCCACCAUUGAACGCGACGGCAUCGCGGCUACCCUCCGCGAGUUCGGAGGCACUGUGCUAGCCAACGCGUGCGGCCCCUGCAUCGGCCAGUGGGACCGCAAAGACGUGAAGAAGGGCGAGAAGAACACCAUUGUUACCUCUUACAACAGGAACUUCACAGGAAGGAAUGACGCCAACCCCGCGACUCACUGCUUUGUCACCAGCCCUGAGCUGGUCACCGCUUUGUCUCUUGCUGGUCGCCUGGACUUCAACCCUCUGAAGGACGAGCUAGAAGGCAAGGACGGCAAGAAGUUCAAGCUGUCGGACCCGUUCGCGGACGAGCUGCCCUCCCGCGGCUUCGACCCCGGCCAGGACACAUACCAGCACCCACCUAGCGAUGGCUCUAAGGUGCAAGUAGACGUGUCCCCAUCAUCUGACCGUCUCCAACUCCUGGCUCCCUUCGACAAGUGGGACGGCAAGGACCUGACGGACAUGACUAUCCUCAUUAAGGUGAAGGGCAAGUGCACCACCGACCACAUCUCCGCCGCCGGACCCUGGCUCAAGUACAGAGGACAUCUCGACAACAUCUCCAAUAAUAUGUUUAUCACCGCCACAAACGCCGAAAACGGCGAACUAAACAAGGUCCGCAACCAGAAGACGGGCGAGUGGGGCGCCGUGCCCGCCACGGCCCGCGCCUACAAGGCCGCCAACAUCAAGUGGGUGGUGGUGGGCGACGAGAACUACGGCGAGGGCUCCUCCCGCGAGCACGCCGCGCUCGAGCCCAGGCAUCUCGGCGGCAGGGCUAUCAUUGUCAAGUCAUUCGCUAGGAUUCACGAGACCAACCUGAAGAAGCAAGGUAUGCUGCCGCUGACGUUCGCCAACGCGUCCGACUACGACAAGAUCAAGCCCGACGACAAGAUCUCGCUGCUCGGACUUAAGGACCUCGCGCCCGGCAAGCCUGUCGAAUGCGAGAUCAAGCACAAAGACGGCAAAUCGGAACGCAUCCAGCUCAACCACUCACUGAACGAUCAACAGAUCGCCUGGUUCAGGGCCGGCUCCGCGCUCAACAGGAUGAAGGAAAUCGCUGCUGGAAAGUGAACGCACUCUCCCUAGAUUACAAUCAUCUUGCACUGGACCCCCGAGCCUAAAAGUAGGGUAAAUUUAGAGUGUAGCAACAUUGAGCCAAAAUUAAAAAAAAAAAAAACUUCAAACUGCAUUCAUUUAAUGCAUGCAGUACGUCGGUCCUUUGCAUUCGUGCCACCUUUCGAGUAGGAAUGAACGAUUUUAUCCAGUAAUUGAUAUCGAUUUUAGUAUUAAUUCGUAUUAAUUGAAGUUAGGGAAAUUUUAUGUAUUCAUUUUGUAGGCGCUGUCAUCAUCGCCAUACCUUACCUGAGUAAUAUUAUAAUCGUGUGAAACGUAAAUUAUGAUUGAUCGGUGAAUACUAUGUAACCGUUGUAUAGAAAUGAAAAGUUUGUACUAUAAUGAAGUUCAGCUAAAGUCGAUAAAUAUCGAUCAUCCCUACAACAGACCGCGGAACUAUGUGAUCAUUCAACGACGAUGCAUUACUGAUGGAGUCUGUUCUCGGAAACAUGUAGACUCGGCCUUAUUCAUAUGAAUAUAAUUAAUGUAAUGUUAGGGUUAUCACUUUUUGCCUUUAUACCCGGUGCAAGUAAGCUGUUACCACGUAGUUCAAUGUAUACUUUUAGCCCAUUUUUUCAUUAUUCAGACAAUACUUAGUCACGGCGGUGAUGAAUCUUAAAAUCUAGCUGUAGUACAAAUCAUCAAGUCAAAUGAUUUUAUAUUAAUUUAUGUACAUAUUUACCAAACUUGAAAAAUAUACGUUACUUAUUACUUUA